GAGAAUUCUUAAAUGAAUCAUGAAUCAUGAGUUGGCAACAUUGAGCACAUUUGUUUUUGUUUUUGUACAAGUCGCAAGAACGCAAGAAGGCCGGCAGCGUGCGUUUUUACUAUUCAUCACAAUGAAUAUUUUUGCCGAAAAAAGUUUAUUCCUGAUGCGAGGGCGAUUUGUUUCAAGCGGGUUGUUAUUUAAAUUUAGCACAAGCCAAUGCUUUUUUGAUAAGCCCAAUAAAUUAUAUUUGAAAUCCAAAAAGAGGGGCACAUCUUCAGAUGCGUGGCUACGGAGGCAACUAUCUGACCCUUAUGUCAAAUGGGCUCAAGUAGAGCAAUAUAGGUGUAGAAGUGCCUUCAAAUUGAUCGAAAUGGAUGACAAGCACAAGUUUUUGUUUCCUGGCAUGAAUAUAAUUGAUUGUGGAGCAGCUCCAGGCAGCUGGACACAAGUUCUUGUCAAAAGGUGUAAUUCAAACCUAGACGAUGCAAGCCGUGCCCAAGGAAAAGUCGUUUCUGUUGACAUUAAAGACUUUACUGAAGUCGAAGGUGCUCAAAUUUUACCAAACAGUGAUUUUACUAGUCUUGAAACGCAGAAGUCUGUCCUCAAACUCUUAAAUCCAUCUGGUGGAAUAGACGGUGUAGUCAGUGACAUGGCUCCUUCGGCAACUGGAUUUCAAGAAAUGGAUCACGAAAGCAUAGUGAAACUUUCCUAUUCAGCACUGAGGUUUUCUUUGAAAAUAUCCAAAGUAGGUGGAUUUUUUCUUACAAAAAUUUGGGAAGGUGCGUUAAGAUCUAAAUUUGAAAAAGACCUUCAACUUUAUUACAAUCGAGUGCAAGUAGUCAAGCCUAAAUCCAGCAGAUCGGACAGUGCAGAAAUUUUCUUGUUGGCUCGUGAUUUCAAAGGCUUAAAGACAAAAUGUGAUAGUACAUAGUUCUGAGUUA